UUAAAUUUAAAAUUUAUCUAAAAAAUUUAAUUAUUAAUUAAUUAUUUUAAGUCUUUGUUAAGUAUUUUUUAUUUUAUAAUUAUUAAACUGUUUCGAGUGCUGACUUGAAUUCGUGUGUUUGGAUCAAAAUCUGCUUCCAAUGAAUGUCAAUUUCAUGGGUAGUGGCCACGUCUUGGUCGAAAAAAAUGUAAGCUUUAGCUAUGAGAACAUAGAAGAGAGGAAAGGACGAGCCCCAACAGUGAUAAAUCUUGGUGGAAACAAAAGAAGAAGGAGAAGGAGCGAUAGUCAAGGAGGAAGUGGGAGCCUAAGCAUUUUCUGAAGAUCGUUGAUUGGUCUCCCACCCUAGGAAGUGGGAGCCUGAGCAUUUUUGAAACACUCAAUCUACAUUAUGCUUGUCCAUUAAAGUUUUGAUUUUUUUUUUUUCAGUGUUCUGUGAUGCAACUGUAUCUGUCAUUAGCCAUUCUUGACUAUUUUAACACUAUUUUUUCCUCUUUGAUAUGCCACUUUUAAUUUGUUGAGUUUUAAUUUGUGCUUUAAAGUUCAACAUUGGGUUUACCUUUUGUUUGAGCUGACUUUUGUUUAGUAUUUGCUACAUUUGGUUUAGUAUUUUGUGAUUCCAAUAAAAGGUUUAAAUGCUG